AUGAUCGACACCCUGCCAAACGAACUGACCUGGUGGGUCAUCAGCUACCUGAAACCUCACGAUGUGACUCAGCUGGCACGCGCUUCGAAGCGGUAUCGCGAGUUCGCGCAGUCUGCGCUCUGGACAAGCAUCGAGCUCCACCGCCAAGACGCCCAUGACGAAUGCUUCACCCUCUCCCACGAGCAGCCUGCCAGAGCCUACCUGACCGACCACACUCCCGACUCAUGGAUCAAGAACUUGACACGACACCUCUGCCUUACGGUCACGCACGAGAGCCCGCCUGAGAUCUGGAACAUGAUACUGUCACUUCCUAAUCUCCGUACGAUUGAGGUUAUUGGCGAGUACUCCGAAGAUCCGAAAGGUCCGCCCACAGCUCUAGGCCUCCUCCAGAAACCGGCCGCAACCAAAGUGCAGAAUGUACGCCUGAGAGGCUAUGUUCCCGUGGAGUUUGUUUCAGCCAUCUGCAGGGCUUCAGCGUCUACUAUCGUCAGUCUCGAUCUCGGCAUUCUCGAAGAACCCCAGCUCUUCGAACCAGAUGAAGAGGAGGAGACAAACGACUGGAGGACUCGUCGCAGAACUUACUACAUACCCUCAGGCGACAUGCGCCAUUUAGAGGUGAACUGGCCUUCAUUAACGAGGCUUACUCAUCUCCUACUGUGCAAGCCGGGCCCCUUCGAUCUACCGGUCGACAUACCAGAAGAAGAGGAAGAGAGGUAUUCUGGGAUGCUACAAGAUCUUGAGAAGGAGGCUGCUGAAAUGAAGCAAUGGGCGUCUCUCCUGCGGUCUAUUCGUCUCACCGCGGUAGAGGUCGUGCUGGAACACCGAGCAAUAUUGAGGUCCAGCCAUGUGAUGGAUGAGGAUGUAUCGAUCAGAAAGGUACUGGUAGAUAGUCCUUUGGAUAUACGAUUUCGCGAGGACGUUGUGGAGAAUGUUUUUGCUGAAGGAUGGCCAAAACUCAAGACGUUGAUAUUCAGAGGCAUGGGCUCCUCAUUGAUGGAGCCGGAGGAGUCCAUAGAAGAGUUGGUAAAGGACAAGUUGCCUCGGACUUUUACCAUUCUCAACCAACAUGGCGCCGACGGACUGAAAGUGCAUCUCGAGAUCGACGGAAAACACGCUCUGGAGGCUCUCUACGACAGUGACAACUUUACUGAUGAGGACGAUUACGAGUGGAGGAAAACUUCGUUAGACUACUUAUACUACCUUUCAACGCGCGACUAA